UGGAGGUGGGUGUGGGUGUGCGUGUGGGAGUGGAAAGUGGCAGUAGCCUCAGGCAAUUGGGCCUCGCUCCACCACUCUCCACAUGCACGAAAGACAAAAAAUAUGGCGGUGUAUCUUUCCAUGUUCUAGCGGAAGAUUCAUUCUCAUUUUUGCACAUUUGGUGAGGAGUGGAGCGAGGGAAAACACCUCAUCGGCGAAGGAAAGGCAGAGAAUGAAGGCAGGACAAGAGGAAAGCAAAGGAAAAAAAGAAGGGGACGACAAGCGGAAAGGCAAGAAGGUAAGCAAAUGUAAUAUAAGACAGAAAAGAAAGAGAAUGUGAAAACGGGAUAGGCCAAGCAACGAAGUGGGAAAGGCAGACAGGAGAAUCACGAAGUCAAUGAAGUUAGCAGAGUUGGCUCGGCGGAUUUGGUCUGGGGGCAAAAUGGGUGGUGGUGGUGGUGGUGGUGGUGGUGGUGAUCAGCCCCAUCCGAGUACGGUCUCUGGGAUGGGAAAACAACAGGAGGAAGGGGAUAAGGAGAACGGAAAGGAGGAGGAGGAGGAGGAGGAGGAGGAGGAGGAGGAGGAGGAGGAGGAGGAAGAAAACCUGAAGGAAGAAAAAGUGGGAAGCAAACAAUUGCCAUGGAUCCGAAGAAUGCUGCCGAACCCACCGCCGAUGAAUCCGAGAGGACUUGUGAAAAGAGUAAUGAUUGGUUCCGGGCGGCAGGAGAGAGAGGAGAGUGAGGAGGAAGAGGAGGAAGAGGAGGAAGAGGAUGAAAGGGAGGAGGAGGAGGAGGAGGAGGAGGAGGAGGAAGAGGAGGAAGAGGAGGAGGAGGAAGAGGAGGAUGAGGAGGAGGAGGAGGAGGAAGGGCGGGAGGAGGAGGGGGAAGAAAACGCACACGUGUUUAACAGAGUAAGAAAGGAUAUGAAUGUACACGUGUCGAACGGAGGAAGAACGCGGCUGUUUGCUUAUCCGAAGAUGCUGCCAAAUCCGACAGCGAUGACCUCGACGGCUAUGGCCAGGGCGGAUGUCGCUCGGACGAGCAGUAGUCGGGAAGAGAGCAGAGUAACGCAGCCUCGAGUUUCGUCGCACUCGUCGCCCAAAUUAAUGGGGUUUAUGCAUUCACCAAACCUCCUCCCUCAGAGAAGAUCUAAUGGCGGCGGUGUUCCUUCUCAUCGCCAGGCAUCUGCUAGUGCUUACAAGCAGCAGGAAGAAAAUGGCUUUCACGGCAUCGAUACCGCUCGUCGACAUCGACCGGUGGGCAGUAGUCUCGGUCGCGAUCGCAGUGUCUACCGUCCCGCUCCCAACAGCAGCAAAGAACAUCAUUUUGUCAAUGUUCGUCGUGAUAGUGGGCGCGAUCCCGACGGGCACAAUCUCCCCAGUACGGACGAGGAGGGCGAUCUGCUUGUCGGGAUCCCUCGUCAUCGGCGGCUUAAUGCAUCUACUAAACCCGAUCCGGACGGAGACCGUCGCCAAAGUGGAGUUGAUGGGGAUGGCCACCGUUAUCAUCGCGAUCGUUGUUGCUCCGAUCGGGAUCGUCGUCAUCGCCUGGAUGGUCGUCCCGAUGAUGAUCGUCGUCGGGACGCGGAUCUCGAGCAUCGGUAUCUGGAUGAUGAUCGUCAUCGCGAUCCGGAUGUCGAACAUAGGUAUCGAGGUGAUGAUCGUGUUCCCCCCGAUCGGGCGGUCGUCGAACAUCGGUGUCGGGGUUCCCGUUCGGCAGGGAAUCGUAGUACCAUCUACCAUCAGGUGGACGACCGUGGCGAAGUAAGGAAGGGAGGAAGAGGAAGUGUGGGAGCCGUGAGAGUGGGUGGUGGCAACAAUGGUGGUGAUCGUGGUGGUGAUACAUCGACGACGACUGGGUGUUAUGUUCAGAGCUCGACGGCCAUUCCUAAGUCCAUGGCGAGUGAGCCGGAUGGGCGUCACUCACUCAGGACGAAGGUCGCACAACCCACGGCGAAGGUCGCCCAAUCCGCGGGCGCUUGUCAAAGGAUCACGACGGCGACGACGACGGCGACGACGACGACGACGACGACGGUACGAGGCCCUCGACGGGCGUCGCCCAUCCCGCCAUCGCGCGAUCGGUUUGAGUGGGGGGGGGGAGCGAACGGAUCCACAGCUGCUGCUGCUAAGAUCGGGACGGACGGGCGACGGCCCGUCGUCGAUGGAGGAACAGGAGCAGGCGCAGGUGGAGGGGCAGGAGCAGGCGCAGGUGGAGGGGUAGGAGGAGUAGUUUCCUUGAGUGCUAGGCAUAGCUUUGCCGGGAUCGGGACUCUCCCUCCGAGCGGUCAAGCCCCGAUGAUGACGAGCUCCUCCGGGCGCAGCGCAGCUCCGCCUUCCGCUGCCGAGAUCAGCCCGCGAACUCCGAAAAAGGCGGCGGAAGCGAUGGGAAAGGCGGCGAUGAUGAGGCAGUCUGCCAGAGAGAGCGGGGAAACGAGGCUCCACGCGGUGGAGGAGGACAAGUGGACCUCGUCGCCGCGUAGGACAACAGCUGCAGACUCAGCUCCGCGUCCAAGGAGGGCAGGUGAUCGGUUGGAAGCCGAGCGCGAACGGCGCAGCAAUUAUUGGAGCCGCCAGACUACAGCUGCCGUGGUUGGCGGGAAAGCGAGCGAUCCCUUCGAAGCAAGGGUCCCAGACGAGACCGUGCUGUCUUGCAGUGACGAUGAAGAGGACGAGGAGGAGAAAAGAGCUGCACCAGAUGAAAAAGGCGCCGCCGCUGCUGUUGACACUGACACGGACGAGGUGGGCCAGGACAACUCCCACGCCGCCGCCACGGUGUCUAGACAAUCUCGUCAGUUUCUAGGAUCCGAUCGAAGGAAGUCUGGUUGGUGCUAUGAGACCGGGAGCAAGGAGCAGGAGUUGUCCUUGAGAGGUAGGGAGGGUAGAGGAGUGAUGAGAGAAGGAGAUGAGGCAAAAGGGGAGGAACAAGGAGAAGGCGCCAAGGAAGAAGGUAAAGGUAGCGUUCGCGCCUCUGCGCCUCAUUGUUUGUUCGACCGGCCCACCGCAGGUGGUGAUCGGGAUCGCGGAGAGAGGGAGCGGGACAAGCAUGGGGUGUCAGUCCGAGGAAGGGGGGACCCGACAUUACCGAAAGCUUAUGGAUCACCGCGGCUUCGUCAGUCCGAUCUACAGAACGCAGGCGAGGAACGGAUUCGCAUCGAGGAGGAGGAGGAGGAGGAGGAGGAGGUGGAGGAGGAGGUGGAGGAGGAUGGUCAGCAGGGAGUGUUAGUUUCAGGACGAGGGGAUCGGACAUUGUUGAAAUGUUAUGGAUUGCCGAGGCGUCCAGGUCCAAGGGGAGCCAUAGCCAAGCAGCAUUACAUCGGGAAGAAACAAUCUCUGGAUGCGACAGAGGAUGAUCCCAACCAUUGGGAGAGGGAGGAGGCGAAAGGCGAGGGCAAAAAGAAAGCAAUUAGCGAGGAGGAGAGGGUGCAAGGGGGAAGGAUAGCAAUGGUAGAUCAGGAGAAGAAGACAACGGAGUCUCGGUUCGACGCGGAGAGGUGCCACGUGUCGAAAGGGCAUGCGCAUGCGCAUGUCGUUCAAGUCGGGUUUGAGAAUCCGACAGGAGAUCCGGUCAAGGGGAGAGAGAUGCAAAGAGGUUUAAGUGCUUGGGGAGGGUGGAACGGGUGGUGCCCGGGAGGGCACCAAAGAGAAUGGCCAAGAGGGAAGACCGGGGUGGUUUUGACCGAAAGGGAUGAUAAGAGUCCCAGGGUUGGUGCCGAAGAUCGGUCGUCAGCACGGGGUCAAAACGUAGAGGAUGAGGUGAGAAGUUCAUUGAGAAAACUGUGGAAGCAAGCUGAGGCGGCAAGAAACUUGCGUGCGGAGGAGGAAUGGAAGGCGACGCGGAGAAAGGACAGGCGGCAUGAGAACCACAGAGAGCGCUCUGACAACAAACAGAUGACCGGUCCCAACUCGCGGAACGACGUUCGGUACACCCGUCGUCGACAAGAUGGCCGUUCGGACGGCGGCGGCGGCGGCGUUCAUCGGGGUAACAACGGGCGGGAGUAUGACCGGGUUCACGCCCAGCAUCGUCAUCGAGAUGAUAACCGACAUGAGGGUAGGGAUGAGAUCCGCAAGAAGAAAAUGUGGGGUAAUAAUAAUAAUAAUAAUGUUCAGAAAGAGACGGCGAGCAGGAGCAUUGGACGCUCUGGUACAAUGGGCAGAAGAGCGCAUAUGCCCCCGCCUCCGCAGCAUUUGGGUACUAGUAAGCCCGGAAUGGCUGGAAGGCGGGACCCCGCUAAGAAGGGCUUCUUCCCUCGUCCUCCUCCUCCUCCUCCGCCUCCUCCCUCGAAUGCUCCUUACCCUACCACUUCGCCUGCGCAGGAGUCACGCGCCGAGUCGUUGACCGCUGCGUCGCCCGGUAGAACCUCUCCAGAGGUCCCGAAAGUCAAAUCGGUGAGGGUUACCUCUCGCAGUGGUUUGUUUUGGAUGCGAGGAACAAACUCGAGUUACUAUUACGGAGAAGAGGACGACGAUGAUCUUGUGAUCGGCUAUGGCGGCGGCGGCGGAUAUGUCGGAGUGCAGGGAAGAAGAGGAAGAGGAAGAGGGGGGGGGAGGGAAUCAGACAUGGAGGAUAGCGAUCGUGACGACGAACAAGAGUGGUGGAACGAUGACAGCAAACUGGAUCUCGAGGAGAAGGAUACUCAUGACCAUCAUGCGGAGAGAGGGUCAGAAAGCGGUUCGGGAAGUGGUUCGGAAUCGGGUAAGUCGUAUGUCAGAGACGAGGAAGAGCAGCCGUCUUGUGACGAUACAGGUUCUGUAAACGACGACGAGACGGAAGCAGAAGCCGAGGUCGAGGCGGCGACGGCGGCAGCGGCCGAGGAGGAGGGGGAGGAGGAAGAUUACGAUGAAUUUGGCAGUGAACGAACCUGGUCUUCGCCUGUGUAUGAUGAGGAUGAUGAGGUUGAUCGCCGUCGAGACGGUUCUUGUGAUGAUUCUGAUCCAUCGCUGAGCAGUUGCGGGUCGUUGUCUUCAGGGGGGCGCAGCAGCGGCGGGAGUGACGAAGACGAGAGCGCGAAAGCUCGGCGGAAAGCGGAGCGGCGGCGCAAACGAGCGGAGGAAGGGACCUCUCUUCCUUGGUCAGCGUGGGUAAAGAACGAUGAUUCGACAACCGGCCAUGGACAGAGCGAUAAGCGGAAUGAUGAAGAGGGAGGCGAUGCAGGAAAUGACGUCGAGGAUGAGUAUUCCGCUCUGUAUGCGGCGUUUGACCUGCUGAAGCAAGGGAAAGAGGCGGAGUUGUUGCUUGCGAAACAGUCCGCAGUGGGAGGAGAGACGGUGGUCGCUCCGGAUGAUGAUGCGGACAACCGCGUUCCAUGCCCUGACCAAGGCCUUGAGCACACUCCCAUCUUGAUCGAGAACAAAGGAUACAUCUGCACCCGGUGUGAAAUGGUCAUUUACGAUCUGGAAACUUGGAGCCGCUUGUUUACUCGCUACCGAUACGCGCCCGACGGCAAGCGUUUGAAUGCGACGAAGGCCAACGAUGGUUGUGAUCCAACGGUGGGGGGGGGGGGGGCAAGCGAGGAAGAAGCAGGUGAAGACAAGAGAGGGGAGGCGGCGGCGGCGGCGGCCACUGCCAUGGCUUCUUCACCCAAGGACGUGUCACGCAGCCGGACAAGGAUGAUCAAACCUCAUCCUUGGAUAUACAAUCGGAUGCAUCCUCAUCAGAAAGAAGGGUUCCAGUUCCUCUGGCGUAAUCUGGUGAUGGGAGUUCACCUUCCGUCCCACCAAGACUUGGACAAGCAAGUACAUGAUGCGCUACAAGCCAGGGAGACGUCAAGCCCAACAAUGGGCAAGGGACAAGUCACGGAGGAGGAAGUUAACGUAGAAGUAAAAGGGACAGCCACGCCGAAUGGAGGCAAUUCAGGUCCUUGUACGACCUCCUCCUCUCCUGCUACUACUAUCUUGACCUCUCUCUGCAAUACAGCAAAUGAGGAGACGAAGAGUGAGAAAACAGGGGAAGGGGGCGUGAGGAGGAGGGAUAGAGAAGGGAGGGGAGAAGAGGUAGGGAAGAAGACAACUUCUACUUGUACUUCCGUGGAGUCCACGGAAGUAGGAGGUUGUAUCCUGGCCCAUGCGCCAGGGACAGGCAAAACCCUUCAGAUAAUCGCGUUUAUGGAGAGAUACUUCAAAUACCAUCCUGAGACACUGGUCCGGGCGCUUCUUAUCGUACCCGCGAAUAUGCUGACGACGUGGAAGUCCGAGUUUGGCAGAUGGACGAACUGUACAGAUCGUCGUCUGGGGAGGAUGAGGAGAGUGGAGGUGUCCGUGAUUGAUGAGAAAACGGACAAGCAUUGGCAGCAAGCUUUCAGGAGGAAACAGAAACGCCUAGGUCCUGCUUCUGUUUCCGGUUGUAGUCCUAGGACUGGCUUUGGUUCCAGGACGGCGGGUCCGGUUCCUGCCUCUCGUCCAAGUUCCCGUCGUGGUUCUCGUCCCCGGACUGGUUCUGGCCCCAGGACGCCUGCUCCAGUUCCUGCAUCUGGUCUGAACCGGACUGGUUCUGGCCCCGGGACGCCUGCUCCAGUUCCUGCAUCUGGUCUGAAUUCCCGAUGUGGUUCCGGCGGUCCUGGUCUUAUUAUUCUCCCUGAUGACUCUACUGAUCCGAGUGAAGACAUAGAUCAUCAUGCCUAUGACCACCGCGACCGCGAUGAAGUAAAGUGGAGGGAUGGCUCGACAGCAGGGAGGAAAAGGACCUGGCACGGUCUGAGUAGUAGAGAAGGUCCUGGAAUGAAUCGGAAGCGGCAGCAGAAGGGGCUUGGCCGUGGUCGCGCUGGACCUGGUCGUCCCUUCACCGGACCCCCAGGUGGAAAAAGAAGAAAACUGGACCGGGGUUUUUGGGCCCGGAACGCUCGGCGGCCACAGAAGCAGCCGCAGCAGUGCGGAUGGGUGCAGGGCAAGGACCAAAAAGCUGCCGAAGUUGCGGCGGAGGCAGAUGGGAAACGUGACCCCCUAUGCCCACCGAAGAAAGGGAGUCAGAAUGUUAUCGAGCUCUGGAAUGAACGUGGUGGCGUGUUACUCAUCAGCCACACGAAAUUUAGCAUGAUGAUGUCAGAUAGAAAGAGAAAAAACACGGUCGAGGAGGAACCAGUGCUUUGCGACGGGAAUGUGGCUGCUGUGGCUGCUGCCGGUUCAGAGGAAAAAGCGGAGUUGGGCGGUCCAUCGGGUGGACCAGGUGUGAAAAAUGACAAUUUGCAGGAUCCACAGAGUUUGGGUGAAGGUACUGCAGCUGACCGCCAUGAUUUCAUCACAGAGCAACGUCGCUCUCAGGCUCUGCUGGAAAAUGCGACGAUUAUUGUGGUAGACGAAGGCCAUAGAAUGAAAGAUAGCACAACACGCCUGUUUGAUAGUUUGAUGAAGAUGAAGACACGUUUGCGGAUUUCAAUGACUGGAACCCUCGUCCAUAACAACUUGGAGGAGCUGUUUAAUCAGCUGUCCUUCGUCAGGGAUGAGUACAUAACAGAUAUCUGCACUUCUUGGGCGAGGAGCAAUUGCGAGAACAUGCCAAAUGCCAGUGAAGGAGAGGAAAUGGAGGAGGAGGAGGAGGAGGAGGAGGAGGAGGAGGAGGAGGAGGAGGAGAGCGGGGAAGGAGAGCAGCCGAAGCAGAAGAGGAAGAAAACUGCAGUGAGUGAGGGCCAGAGCAAUGGACUGAGCUCACGUGCACAACCCACGUGUGACGGACACAGUGAUAGCAGUGAAAGCGAAUGCAUGAUACUCGAGGAGGAGGAUUGGAAGCAAGCCAAAGCUACAAAGGAGGAGGAGAAGAGGGUAGCAAAGGAGAAAAAGGAGGCGAAAGAGGAUAAAGAGAAGAAGGAGAAGGUGAAGAGUAAUGCAAAUGGCAACAGUAGCCAUACAAGAAACAAGCGAGUCCACAAUGGGAAGCAACGGGAAGCAGAGGGGGAGGAGGAGGUACAUGAAAAGAUUGAGGCUAGGGAGAGCCAGGAGAAUGAGGAGGAGGGAAGAGAGUCAAGGAAAGGAAAGUCUGAGCGGAAUCAAGGUCCACAAGGUGAGGAUGACGGAACCAGCGAUACCGACACGAGCGGAUGCGCCAUGGUCAUGGAUUGGAAGCCAGGCAAAGCCACAAAAGAGGAGACAAAGAGUAAGGGAGAAGAGGAGGGCAAGGUGGAAGAAGAUCAGAAUGAGAAGAUGAAGAGUAAUGCAAAUGGCAACAACUGCAGCAAAACAAGGAGCGAACAACUGCGGAAUGGCAGGCACGGGGAAGCAGAGGACGAGGGGCUGCAGAAAGUUGCUGGCAUAGAGAAAAAGGAGGAAGUUAAAGAAGGAAUAACACCAGAGAAAGGGAAGUGUGAGGCGAAGCGAAGGGGGAGGAGAGUGAGGCGCAGACGUGUGACCAUGAAAGAGGCAAGACAGGGUUUUCUGAAAGCUGUAGAGGUGCCAAUUAUGGCAGGUCUUGAAAUGAAGUCGGUUGCUGAAAAGCGUGCGCUAGAGCCUGUUCUCUUUCGGCUUCACAAGUUGAUGGAACCGUUUGUGCACUUUCAUAACGGCAGCCAAGUGCUGAAAUCCAGACCGCACGGGCUUGACGAUUACACUAUCAAAAUAUAUUUAACGCCUUUGCAGAGAUGGAUGUACAACAAGAUCAAAGGCGUGCGCAGAAUUGACGCGUGCACGAACCCUGAGUCGUUUUGCUAUGCAGAGUUCGCCACGCUCGCGCUUGACCCCUAUGACUUGAUUGCUAAUCCUAAGAAAAAAAACAUCGCAGCAUGUCUUUCUGAACCGGAUGGCAAACAGUUGCUGGACCCUCUUCGCCAUGGAAAGCCAAGGAUUCAUGACAGCUGCAAGAUCUGGUUCAUCUUUGAACUGAUAAAGGCCUGCCAAUCGACAAACGAAAGGAUCCUUGUGUUCAGCACGUACAUCAGACCCCUGCAAGCACUUGCAAGAAUGAUUACGUCAGAACAGUCCCCCAAGGAAACCCGGGGAUGGAGGGAAGGCGUGGAAGUGGUUUCAAUACUGGGUUCGAUGAGUCAGGCGGACAGAAGUCAGGAAAUUAAGAUCAUCAAUGAUCCUUGCAAUCAGACAAAGAUAUGUCUUCUCUCGCGGAAGGCUUGCGGCGAGGGUAUUCAUUUGAUAGGUGCCUCCAGGGUUGUGUUCCUUGAUGUCUCCUGGAACCCUUGUGAUACCAUCCAAGCCAUCAGUAGGGCAUACAGGCUCAAUCAGACCCGUCGAGUCAUAGUUUACCGAUUGAUUAGCUGUGACACAUGGGAGGAGAAGGCGUACAACUACUCCCGAGUCAAGGAGUUAGUGUCUGCUUUGGUUGAGCACAUCCCCAUGGGAAGCAAACCUGUGCCACUCUUCUACGAACAAUCCCACCCUGGGUCCGCCACGCCGCGUCUCGUUCCCCACCGACGCGAUGGGCAGAAUUUCAAGUCUACAUUCCUUGAUGCCAUCGUUGAGACAGAUGAGAUGUUGGCGCAGAAAGGAUUGCGGGGGAAAAUGAUCGACAGUGUUUUGGAACACAAUGGCAUCCUCACUCAUUUUGUGGUCCGAGCCGACAAGGCGUUGUGGCAAUCCGUUGGAGCGCAACCGCAGCAGGGAGAACAACAGUGACCCUGAAGAUGAGGGAGCGAGGGAGAGAGAAUGGGAGGGAGGGAGGGGAUAUAGGUGGGAAGGGGAAGAGAUGUGCAGCUGGGGUAGUUGUUCGCUUGUGUUACCUGAUCGUGAUGUGGAACACAUGUGGACAAAGCACUGCGGUAUGCAGGUGGGACUUCUUCUCUGGAGCUUUCUUCAGAUUGUGUAGAUUUUUCAGAUUUCGGGGCCUUACGGAUGAUUCUCCUUCUCUGCUCCCCCUCUUUGAGCCACCAGUACCUAUGAGCCUC